AUUAUUCCCUAUAGUUAGCAUUUCUAAGUUUCAAGAUCACAUUGACUUUGGAGAAGUUUCACACUUUUUAACCCUGAAUACUAUUUUGCAAUAUGCUAGAAUAUCCUAAAUAGGCUUAUAAAAGAGGGAUAUAUGAUGGGUCAAACGACUGAAAAUAUUUUAGUCUCUCCGAAGAAUAUUUUUUUACCUUUUGCUACUAAACUAUUUUCGAUUUGGCAACUGUGACUAGCACCUUGUUUUUGGCGUCACUGUCCAUUGAGACGUUUUGACUUUACAAUAAAUAUGAAAUAAAAAUAAUAGCUUAUGAAUCUACGUCGAUGUUGUGUACAACUACUGGUCGUACCCCAGACGAAUUACCUUCAAAACUAAAAUUAUCUUUUUUCCAGAAAUAAUUCGAUAACAUGAAAAUGAAAUUGGUUGAUCAAGUCGUACGAUCUUUCAGGGUGGCAAAAGUAUUCCGGGAAAAUACUGAUAAAAUAAACAGUAUUGAUUUCUCUCCGAAUGGCGAAACCCUAAUAUCAUGUAGUGAAGAUGAUCAGAUUGUUAUCUACGAUUGUGAAAAAGGUACACAAGUGAGAACGGUGAACAGCAAGAAAUACGGAGUGGAUUUGAUACAUUUCACUCAUGCGAAAAACACUGCAAUACACAGUUCCACCAAAGUUGAUGAUACUAUCAGAUAUUUGUCUUUACAUGACAAUAAGUAUAUCAGGUACUUCCCAGGUCACACAAAGAAAGUUGUCUCCCUUUGCUUGUCUCCAGUCGAAGAUACCUUCCUUUCAGGGUCCUUAGACAAAACUUUGAGGUUGUGGGACCUCAGAUCACCAAAUUGUCAAGGUUUGAUGCAUUUAUCAGGAAGACCUGUUGCUGCUUAUGAUCCAGAAGGACUCAUCUUUGCUGCUGGAGUAAAUUCUGAGAGCAUCAAGCUCUAUGAUUUACGUUCUUUUGAUAAGGGCCCCUUUGUAACAUUCAAGCUAACCCAAGAAAAAGAGUGCGACUGGACAGGUCUGAAAUUCUCUCGCGAUGGCAAAACGAUUCUCAUCAGUACCAAUGGUUCUAUCAUCAGAUUGAUAGAUGCUUUCCAUGGUACACCUUUGCAAACAUUCACUGGUCAUUUGAACAAUAAGGGCAUUCCCAUAGAAGCUUCAUUCAGUCCUGAUUCUCAGUUCAUUUUCAGUGGAUCUACUGAUGGUAGAGUUCAUGUAUGGAAUGCUGACACUGGCUACAAAGUGUGUGUCCUAAAUGCAGACCAUCCAGGUCCAGUGCAAUGUGUCCAGUUCAAUCCGAAAUACAUGAUGUUAGCAUCAGCCUGUACUAACAUGGCAUUUUGGCUACCUUCUAUUGAAGACACAUAAUUUGUUUGUGAAACGACGUGGAGUCUUCAGCUAUGGACUUUCUGAUCUAUGUAUUGUGAUUUAUUUUUGAAGCACACAAAUGAAGACUGGUGAUAUCAAAAUCUUUAUCAUGCACUUCGAGAUUUCAUUUUUGUUUAAUAAACAGUUCUUCCAUUUCCGCCUGUCUACAUUUGUGUUCUUAGUUUGAAACUAGGCACAUUUUUUGAAAUGUGAUUUGUUAUUUUUGGAAUCAAGUUUCUAUUGAAUCAAAUAUCUACUUGAGUUGAUAUUAUUGAUUAGAAAACAUUUAAUGUGUUAACUUGUCAGGAAAUCAACAUAGAAUGAGAUUUGGUACUGGUAUGACAUACAGUUCGACUAAAACGUGCAAGUACCCGUAAAAUCCUUCCAUAUUCCCAUUCUCUUUAAUUGUAUUCACUUUUUCACAGAAGUGUAUUAGGUAUUUUUAUUUUUAAUACUUGAUUUUUGUAAUCUAGAUUGUAGUGUUGUUUCAAUCUUUAUAUAGCAUUUGAAAAAAUAAAUGGUUCUCUAACUUG